CAAUGAUGAAAAGAGUUAUAUAGAUCAGUACAGAAUCAUCUCAAAAUGGAUAGAUAACAAGCGGGAGCUGAAAUAAAAAAAAGGGUUGAUAAAGCGCCAGAAACACCGGUGAGUUCUGCAAAGAUGGGAGGUGUUGCUUGGACUGAAGAAGAAGAUAACUUGCUCAAGAAAUGCAUAGAGCAGUAUGGAGAAGGAAAUUGGCAUCGGGUGCCUCAUCUGGCUGGUCUGAACAGGUGCCGGAAAAGUUGUAGACUGAGAUGGUUAAACUACCUUCGUCCCAACAUCAAAAGAGGGAGCUUUACUGAAGAUGAGGUGGAACUCAUUAUCAAGCUCCACAAACUACUUGGCAACAGGUGGUCUUUGAUCGCUAAAAUACUUUCUGGAAGAACAGCUAAUGAUGUAAAGAACUAUUGGAAUUGCCAUCUGAGUAAAAAGCUUAGUGCCCAAGAAACUAACGAGAGAAGUGGGAGAAAUGAAGUGGUAGGACCCCAGACCAGAAAUAUUACCGGAAGCCUAAUGAGCGGGCCCAGAACCCUGCUACAGCCACAACGAGAAGAAAGCAGCAGUUCCAUGCCUCAACCACCGCCAUUGCUACCGCUUGUGAAAGAGGAAGAGAUAACUGCUCUAUGGGUUGAGGGAGCAGGUGAAUUGGGUGGUUUGGGUGCAGAAGAGUUCCGGUUUGAGGAAGGAAAGUUAGAAGGGGGGACCUGUGGCAGUGGCAGCAAAUGGGAGUGGGAUGAUUUGGUCUUGGACAUGGAGCUGUGGAGUGAGUCAUUAUGAAUGUUUAUUUAGGUACUUAAGUGUUAAUGAUGAGAUUAAUAAGUUGGAUCAUGAUAGUUGACUUCAUGAGUGCAAUUUCAUUGUUACUUAUAUAUAAUGCUACAAUGUUUAAAUAUUUUAAUUAAUGCAUUAACAUAUUCUUGGUAGACCU